UGGUCAUCCCUGUGCUGUCCGCAGUCUCUGGUCAUCCCUGUGCUGUCCGCAGUCUCUGGUCAUCCCUGUGCUGUCCGCAGUCUCUGGUCAUCCCUGUGCUGUCCGCAGUCUCUGGUCAUCCCUGUGCUGUCCGCAGUCUCUGGUCAUCCCUGUGCUGUCCGCAGUCUCUGGUCAUCCCUGUGCUGUCCGCAGUCUCUGGUCAUUCCUGUGCUGUCCGCAGUCUCUGGUCAUUCCUGUGCUGUCCGCAGUCUCUGGUCAUCCCUGUGCUGUCCGCAGUCUCUGGUCAUUCCUGUGCUGUCCGCAGUCUCUGGUCAUUCCUGUGCUGUCCGCAGUCUCUGGUCAUCCCUGUGCUGUCCGCAGUCUCUGGUCAUCCCUGUGCUGUGUCUGAAGUCCCUAGUCAUC